CCCGUGACGGUCAUGAGGGGCUUUUGUGACCCUCUCUGGUCUUUUAACGAACCGAGGCAAAAUAUUUCAUUUGUGAAAAAACCCACACAGCUCCCUGGAUUCUGUCUUUGUGAGGAGGCGUUCGAGAGGAGGACGACGACUUCGCAAACUAUCCUACUUGCUUGAUGUUGUGCAAUCACACAGACGGGAUGCCUCGUGGAGACUUCAACAUUUAUUUCACCAGUGGUCGACGAGGAAACGUCAGAGCUGAGGAGGCUGUGGGGAUUGCUCUGCUCGUGGUCCUCCUUGCAGGCCUCCUCAUCCUCGGCUGCUGGUACUUCAAGAAGAGAAGUGGCUAUAAAAUCAUCAGAACCCCCAGAUCAGGUUCUCCAGGUUACACAGGAGGUCACUACUCAGAGGGGGGGCCCUCAGCUGAUAACAAGAUGGCUCUCACAGACUUCGGCAGCUUUCGACCAGUGGUUCCUAAUGCUCCUCCCGCCUAUGAAAAGAUUUCUUCAGCACCACUGCCUCCACCCUACUCCCCCUGAACAAGGGCUACGGACUGCUGCCACCACAGAAAGGGGAAAAAACAACAACUUUGAACUUGAUUUGGGAUUCAGUCAACUCAUUUUUUAAGAGGAUUCCUGAUGCUUCCUAGCUACACGCAAUAACACACCCUCUUAAAUCUCUUCUUCACACCUUUUAUUCUCUUUUGUUCUUUAACAAACAAUAAAAUGCUGUGUCACAAAUAAGUGUAUGAAGAGUUGAAUCUGCACAACCACGCUUGUUUGGGACAGUUACAGUCUUUAUUUUCAUGCAGAGAUGUCCAAGGUUGCUCAAUGAAAAUGUACCUCUUAUUUUUCUUUUUUAAAAGCUAUAUGGUAAAAAAUAAAUAAAUGUGACUCCAAAACUUUAUAUGGACCUAAAUGUAGUAAAAAUGUAUCUAUUGAUCUACAUUUCUAAAAAAAAAAAAAAAAAAACCUUAAA